AUGCAAAAUUAAGGUACUAUGACAGAUUUAAAUGAGGAGGAUAUUAGAAGGCUUGAUUAGCACAUCACUAGAAAUCCAAACAUCAUUAUGUCUUGUAUAAGGGUUCUAAAGAUGGAAGAGCUAAGACGUACAAAUGAAGACAAUUAGCGUUUGAUGAAUUUCAUGAGAUCUCAUUUAUAUUUUAAAGGAAAUUCUUCUUAAGAUUACUUAUGGGAAUGUUGCUAAGUAUAAAAUAGUUUAGUAUGAUAGCUAAUGAAAUUUGAACAAUUAAAAAAAAAUCAAAUAAUUUAUUUGAGGGGUAGAGAGAAUCAGGAUCAAUUAAUAAUUUUAUUAACUGGAGAAAUGAGUGUCCAAUCAAAUGAAUAAGAAUUAUUGUGUACAAAACAUUUUGGAUCUUGUUUAAUAGUAUUUGGGAAUGAUUGUUAUGCAGAUAUGUAUUCCAUAUUUAGGAAGCAAGCCCAAACCUGAUGGUUAAGACCAAAUCUGUUUGUAAAGCAGCCGUAAUUUCCAAGUUAGAUUUCAAAAUCAAUAUGUUAACGUAUGAGAUAUCCAAAAUUAAUGUUUUACUCUAAUAGAUAUAUGCAUUCCAUCUCUUUAAGACUUUGCCAUUUACCAUAGUAAAGCAAUUUUUCCUCAACAGUUUUACCUAGCAUCUUUGUUGCUAAGAUAUAUUAUAUAAUCAAAAUUAAAAGGCAUCAUAAGUGUUUUUAGUAAUUAGUGGAAUCUUUGAAUUAAGAGAAACAACAGAUACUACAACAAAAUCUAUUAAUAUUUAUACACCUGGAUAAUUGAUAGGUGAUUUUGAAUGUGUAAAUUUCUUUUAAACUAGAAAAUCACAGGCUCUAUGUAUUAGUGAUGAAGGAUCAGUACUAGUAUUUGAAGGAGUUUAUUUUUUGAAUUGGAUUCUACCUAAUAUAAGAAAGAAUUUUGUUUCUAAGAGAACAAAUGAAUUUAAAUAGACUUAAAAAAGUAUUUAGAUGAAAAAGACAUUAUAAAAAAUAUUUCCAGAAUAAUCUAUUGAAUAAUCAUCAUAAUAAUAAUAAUAAUAAUAAUAAUAAUAAUAAUAAUAACUUAAUUAAACAAGUACUAAACACUUUCGAUUUGCUAAGUUAGCUAAUCCUCGCUUUUUUAAAUUAAGACAGACUCCUGAAAAAUAAAUGACUCUAUAAUAGAAUAGUCUAAGUAUUAAUAGAUCUUAAUAAUAAUUACUUACAAAUAAAAGUCAUAAUAAAGUAUCAAUAGUAUCAUUUUCUACAAAAUAAGAACUAUUUUAAGGAAACAUCAAAGGAAGAUUAUUAAGAAAUGAAUUAUUAAAUAAGUUUAUCAAUUAAUAAUCUGAAUAUUAAGAUGUAGUGUAAAAACUAAGAAGAACCUAAUCAUAAUUGGGUAUGAAUAAAUGA